GGUAAUAAAUAAUCGUUGGAAAAAACAGCACCUCACCCAAGAAUCGGAAUCAUCUUGUGGUAGUUGCAAGUUGGAAUAACAAAGGCAGAGCAGAGCUAUGUCUCUUCUCUUUACUUCUUCUUCUUCUUCUCGUCUUCCACUCCCAUGCACUCAAGAAUGUAGGUUUUUAUCAUCAUCAUCAGGAGUAAUCACCAGAACCAUCGGUUUUAAUUCUCAUAGUAACUGUAAUUCCCUUCGAGUUCGUAAUCGGAGUCGAAUUACAGCUUUUUUCUUUAAUCCUGCACAAGACCCUAUCGUCAAAGAAGCUCUCAAGGAACCAGUGGCAUUCUGGGGUGGGGUGUUUGCAGGCCUUUUAAGGCUUGAUUUGAAUGAGGAGCCUCUCAAGGAAUGGAUUAAUAGGACUGUCGAAGAUUCUGAUAUCAAUGAAGAAGAAACCAAUGCAGAAGGAUCAACUACUGAAGAUGCUCCACAAGAGAUUGAAAUAGAAUAAAACUUGCACUUUUUUCUUUUAAAACUUGAAUAGCAUCAGCAUGCCAGAAGCACAGUAACAAUUUGUUCGAUUGGUUAUAAAUUAUAAUAUUCUAAUCACACAUUUGGUAUACAGAACAUAUCAGCUCUGGUCCUUUCUCUUCAUCCCUUUAAAGAUGGUAAAUGUAAACAAUAUUUUCAUGGCUUAGCUUUGUAUUAUGAAGUCUGUAUCUAUUGCUACCCUCAGCUAGAUUAUAUUCUGAAGUGUUUUAUUUUUGAAAUCAAUGAAAAAAUAUGUUUAUGUGCA